AUGAGAAUGUUAUUGUUGUUGCUUCUCUUCUGUCACGUUUCAUCACCAGUGCUUCACUCCCUGAAGUAUUUCACAACUGCAUCAACUGGAAUCCCGAACCUCCCAGAGGUUAUGACAACACUGGAGGUUGAUGAACUUCUGAUGGGGUCCUGUGACAGCAACAACAGCAUGAAUCUGAAGGACAUUGCUAAAUUAUUCCUCAUAAAAUAUCCUGAGCGGUUGGAGUGGUACAGACAAAGAUGUUUCCAGGUUUUGCCUUACACCUUCAAAGCCUUGAUAAACAGUUUGAUGCGUCUCUUCAACCAAAGUGGAGGUGUCCAUGUUUUACAGAAGGUGGAUGGCUGUGAGUGGGAUGAUGAGACAGGAGAGGUGAAAAGUUUCAGUCAGUUUGGAUACGAUGGAGAAGACCUCCUGGCAUUGGAUCUGAAUACAUUUAUAUGGACCGCUCUAAGACCUGAGGCUGUCAACAUCACACUGAGAUGGGACGCGGAUCAAAAUUUAAGAGACUACUAUAAGAUUGCUGUUACUCUGAAUUAUCCAAAGUGGCUGAAGAAGUAUUUGGAUCAUGGGAGGAGCGUUCUGCUGAGAACAGAGCUUCCCUCAGUGUCUCUCCUCCAGAAGACUCCCUCCUCUCCAAUCAGCUGCCUCGCUACAGGUUUCUACCCUCACAGAGCCUCACUCGUCUGGAGGAAAGAUGGAGAGGAGCUUCAUGAGGAGGUGGACCACGGAGAGAUCCUCCCCAACCACGAUGGAACCUUCCAGAUGAGUGUUGACCUGAACCUUUCAUCAGUCACACCUGAAGACUGGACGAAUUACGACUGUGUGUUUCAGCUCUCUGGUGUGAAGGAGGAAAUCAUCACCAGACUGGAGAAAGAUCGGAUCAGGACCAACUGGGGUAAGAAGAAGCACAUUUCUGUCGUCCCGGUCUCUGCUGCAGUGGUUGUUCUCGCUCUCGCUGUCAUCGGUGCUGCUGGAGUCAUCGUUUACAAAAAGAAGAAAGCUCCUGACAACGGCACAGAGCUCUCUGAGCAGCUGAGACCAGAUACUGAUCAGGGGACAGCGUGACCAGAUUAACUGCUA